AUGUCAUCACAAAAGAAAUCCAGUACGGCACAACAAUCAAGUGUAGCACCUGUGGUGCACAAAGUCAUUAUGGUUGGAACAGGAGGCGUUGGAAAAUCAGCUUUGACACUUCAGUUCAUGUAUGAUGAGUUCGUUGAAGAGUAUGAACCAACCAAAGCAGAUUCGUAUCGUAAGAAAGUGGUAUUGGACGGAGAAGAAUGUUCAAUUGAUAUACUUGAUACAGCUGGUCAGGAAGACUACUCUGCCAUCAGGUAUCACUUAAACAUUUCCCAUACUAAAAAUUUAACAAAUCUGUGCAUCUUAUUUCUGUUUCAAUGGAUAUUCAGCCAUGGCACUACUUGUUCAAAA